CGCAUGGUGUAUUGGUGUAUUGAGUCUGUACUUGUAACAGUUGGCUUCAUGUCGCUGGAGAACAUGCUUAUUUGUGUAUCACACAUAAAUCGUCCAAUUCCAGGGGAAACAAAUUAACAGGACACUGAAUCAUGUCGAAAGAUUUCAAAGAUAAAGUGGUUGUUAUUACUGGUGCCAGCUCCGGCAUUGGAGAGUGUACCGCCAUCUUGUUUGCUCAGCAUGGCGCUAAUGUCGUACUGUGUGGGAGAGAUGAACAAAAACUGUCGUCUGCUUUGCAGAAGUGUCAAGAAAAAAGUGGCGGGAACGUGGACAAACAUUUAGCAGUUCAAGGGGACAUAACAGACUCUCAGGUAAGGCGGCGUAUCGUUCAACAGACGAUGGAUAAAUUUGGUCACUUGGAUGUUUUGGUAAGCAACGCUGGAAUAAUAACAAAGAACAUCAGCCUGGAAGAUGCCAUAGAAGAGGCGUUCGACUUGACGAUAAGCACCAAUGUCAAAGCUGGGUUUUUUCUUAUACAAGAAGCGAUACCACAUCUCGAGAAGUCUCAAGGCUGCAUCGUUGUUGUCUCAUCUAUUACCAGUACAGUAGCCGUCCCCUAUGAAAUCAUCUAUGGCAUGUCCAAGGCAGCUGUAGAUUAUAUGACCAAAACUUAUGCGCUGGGUCUUGCUCCAAAAGGUAUUCGAGUCAAUGCUAUCAAUCCAACGGCUGUCUCCUUUACUAGGUUUGAGCGUUACUAUUGCGACGAAGAGGAAUCAAGAGUGUCUUAUUUAAAAUACGCAUCACAACAACCUCUGUAUAGAAGGAACAGCACUCCGGAAGAACAAGCCCAGACCAUUCUAUUUUUAGCCAGUUCCGCAGCAAGUUUUAUAACGGGUCAAUGUGUUAAUGUUGACGGCGGAUGCAGUCUGGCAGGGCCCCAAGUCGAUUACUAACAAUUGAGUGUACACUACGGGACCAAGAGUAGCACAAUAUAAACACAUAUUUUAUAUUGGGCGAAUGUUAAGCCACUAUAAGACAAAGUGAUGUAUACAUGAGUUGAGAUAUGCUUAUAAUAGAAUACAUUUUUUUCUCUAGAGAUGUUUGUGUUUUGGUUGUGGUUGUUAGGUUUUUGAUUAUUAAAAUGAUUACUCCAGAAAAAUAAAAGAAACGCUUAAAAAUGUAUUUACAUUUCAAAGUAAUACAAAUACAUUGAUUGCAAAAUAUUGAAAAUAGUGAUGGUAAUCGAUUACACUGCUACCAAUGAAGCAAUUUGUUUGACAUAAAUGUAGGACAUUCUCAUUAAUAUUUCAUUUGAUUCAAUGUACACAUUAAAUAUAAUGGUAUAUUGCUAUUUUGAAUGAAAUUCACACAAAUAGGAUAUUAUCAUUUGCAAGAGUAUUUAUGUAUUUGAGUGCAAGUGUGUCUUGCGCUAAAUUAAAAGAAUUUCACAAAUAAACAGUUUAAUUGAAAUGCAGUAAAAUGUUUUAAUUAGUUAUAAAUUUAGUUAACGUGAUUUUCUUCUGUGUAUAAAUUGUUUUUGUUAUUUUACUAC